AUGGCGACCUCAGACCCAGCAUCCAAAGAGCGCACCAUGGCUCACAUGAACAAGGAGCACACAGAGGACCUUUCCCUCUAUCUGCGCCACUUCUCUGGGCUCUCCUCCUCGGCCGCCGCCGACAGCCCUCGCAUGACGGACAUUGACGAGCGGUCCAUGACCAUCGCCACGGCUUCCGGCAGCACCCACGUCAUCCCUUUCAGUCCCCCCAUGGCCAGCUGGACCGACCGACGCACUCGCCUUGUCGACAUGUCGAUGGAGGCACGCCAGGCGCUGGGGUUGAGCGGCGGCGCCAGAUUCAAGCGGCCCGCGGGUGCCGAUCUCAUCUCUUUCUUCGGCGUGCUCUUCUACUGGACCAGCUGGGGUGCCGUCCGCGCCGGCCUCGUGCAGCCGGGCACCGCCCCUUGGAGGCUCCUCGAGGCGGUGCGCUUCCCCGGCGGGCCGGCCAUGUUCACCUGGCUGACCCAGACCAUCUUUGUGCCGGUCGUUGCUAUUCACGUCGCCGAGGCUUGGUGGCUCGACCGCACCCGGCUGGCGCCUGCCGGCGUGAAGAGGCUCAGUGUGGAUUGGCUGCUGUGGAUGUCCAGUUGCUUUAUCGAGGGUGUGCCAUCCUUCUUGAGAUUUGACCGCAACUAUGGCGCAAAGAAGACGGGUAGUGACGUGCAAAAGCACUAG